AUGAGGGGAAUAAAAGGGAAAGUCUAUACGGUCACAGGAGCAGCAUCUGGGAUUGGGCAGGCUACUACUGUACGAUUGGCCGAACUCGGUGCUGCUGGUAUUGCAAUCAGCGAUGUCGAUGUCGUCGGUCUUGAAAGAACCAAGAAGCUAUGUGAGGCACAUGAGACCAAAAUCACCACUCGAAAGGUUGAUGUAAGGGUCAUUGAGGACGUGAAUCGCUGGAUCGAAGAUACAUACACCGAAUUUGGAAAGCUCGAUGGUGCGGCGAAUGUCGCGGGUGUUGCUGGCGGAGAUGGUGAUACUACAGUUGAAACCAUUGUACAAAAAGACUGGGAUUUCACCAUGGGCAUCAAUGUCAACGGCGUGAUGCAUUGCAUGCGUGCCCAGCUAGCAAAACUCACCAAACCAGGAGGUUCGAUAGUCAAUGUAUCCAGUACCUCAGGAUUGCAUGGCCUACCGCAUAGUGCGGCAUACUCAACUAGCAAGUUUGCGGUAAUUGGUUUGACCGAGUCGGCUGCUGGGGAAUUUGGAAAGGCUGGCGUUCGGAUCAAUGCUAUAUUACCAGGCCCGACUGACACCAAGAUUUUCCGGGAUGGAGAAGAGAAAGGGUUAUUCAGCGCUGAUGCUAUGGGUGGUAGUACUCUCUUGGGGCGGAUGGGUUCUGCUGAGGAGAUUGCGAAUGUAUUGUGUUUUAUGCUGAGUGACGAGGCAUCAUUUGUUACUGGAGCAUCUUGGGUGGUGGAUGGUGGCUAUAAUGCUGGUCGCUCCGCGAGUUAA